CAUUCAGCUAUAAAUACGCCAGGCAAUUCACAAUGAAACAUUUUCACGACGAAUAAUCAUGAAUACUGGCUGUUUGAUUUUUGUUGGAGUGCUGUUUACCGUUCAGUUAUCCGAGUGCCUCGAAUGUUUCAACUGUCAAAGUAUAGUUGAUCCGCGUGCGUGUUCUAACACAACUCAAUGCCUAAAUGGCCAGUCCUGUUACUUGCAAACUGUCCAUAACGGCAACGAUGAACGCUUCAAUAUGGGAUGCCAAAGCAAUCAGUUGUGCAGCUCAUCUGGUGUAGACACAGGAAUAAUCGGCCGUGCCAUACAGAGAAGACAGCAGUUUGCCUGCCACGAGUGUUGCAGUACCAACCGUUGCAAUCACCAGUUAUGUGCUCACGGAAAGCCAACUGCGUGCGUUGAUGAUAUCACAUUGGACUGUGCUCGGUUGAACUCCAUUUUUAACGUAUGUGUUGACAUUCAUCAUGCAAAAGCGACUUGCCCAAAGUUCUGUGGACUUUGCCAGCUCGUGGAUGGCAACUGGGCAGAAUGGGGCACAUGGGAAACUUGUAGUGUCUCGUGUCAAAAUGGAACGCAGACACGUUCGCGCAGCUGUACUAACCCGUCCCCGAGCAAUGGAGGACUCGACUGCAGUGGAUCAGCCGUUCAAACUAAAAUAUGCUCUGUGCAGAGCUGUCCAGUAAAUGGCAACUGGUCAGAAUGGUCCACGUGGUCUGGUUGCUCAGUCACAUGUGAUGUUGGACUUAGGGACAGGAUUAGAACCUGCUCAAAUCCAAAACCGGACAGAUAUGGAGACUUCUGUGUUGGACAUCCGAUCGAGUAUACAGUUUGUAUGUCUGACCCUUGUAAUAACAGAAAUGGCGGCUGGUCUAGUUGGGGUAAUUGGCAGAGCUGUUCUGUCACAUGUGGGACAGGACUAAAGCUGCGAAACAGGAGCUGUACCAGCCCAAGUCCUGCCGCAUAUGGCAAGAGUUGUGAAGGAAACACAGAGGCGUUUGCUGUGUGUGUAAACAGACCGUGUAUUUCAGUUGCAUUCCUUGCCCGCGGAAUUAACAUAAUUACGAGGGAUUACGUCAGCGCGUUUCCGACAAUCUUGUUCAACGAAGGAAAUGCAUACAAUCCCAGCACUGGACAUUUUACAGCUCCAGUUGACGGCCUUUACUCCUUUACCACACAGUUCUGCAGUUCUCCAAACAUUUCUUUAUUCUUCUUUGGUAUCGAAAAAGGACAGUCUACUUUUGGUAACAAAACUCGUCUUACGGCAAGAGAACGUGGACAGGGAAGCUUUUCUGAUUGCUCGUCCGUCUCAACGCAUGUGAAGCUGAGUAAAAAUGAGCAUGUAUGGGUGUUUAUUUACAAUCAGCACUCAUAUGACUUAACUGAAGGUGAUAACUAUUGGAACUUUUUUAACGGAAUGCUGGUUCAAGAAAUUUCAAUGACACAAUAACUGAACAAUUUUCGUUUAAUUAUUUUACGGAUUUUACGGAUAUAGACACAGGUUUUUGAAAUUUAAUGUACAUAUUUCUUGUAUUACGUUUAUACUUAAUUUUGUAUUUAUUACUUUUCUUAACGUGUAUGUGAGGAAGUUAAUGGACAUCAUCUCUGUUUAGCUUUAUUGUUACUCUACUAAAUAAAAUGCGGACAUGAACCUGAAUAAUACAUUUUUCACUUAA